AUGACGGCUGAUGUGAGGUUUAUGUAUGAACAUGUUAAGCAGCUGUACAGCAAUGUUAAGGUAAGAGAUAGCAGUUGCAAACGUAAAGACUGGGAAGAAAUUCUUGAUAAAUUGAGACAUCAAGUUCCCCUACGUGCGCUCUCAUGCUUGCAGCUUGCGAGCAAGAUGUCUUCACACUAUAACAUCCUAACGCCACGUAAAAUAAGGACACUCCUCAAGGAUGUCGGGCAUGACUACAGUUUAGCAGGAAUCCUGAACUCUGAGCUGAGAGUUUUGAAGACACUGGACUAUCGCAUUUGCUGCAACACACCCCUGCUGCAUGUCGACACCCUGCUAGCCAUGUUAGACAGAUUCGUUGCAUCACUAAAGCUUGAUGAGUUGCGACGUGUUUCCAUCAAGCUGCUAGAUGCUGCCUACACAUGGCAAUGUCAGUCGCGAUAA